AUGGAAGCAAGAGCGAGGAGGGCCACGACGGCGGCGGCGGCGGCGCGGCACUGUGCGCAGGGAAGCAAGAAGGCGACGCAACCGCCGCCUCGGCCAAGACCGGGAAAGGCCGUCCCCGCAGGCUACUUCACGGCGGAGUCCUUCCUUGUGCUCUUCUGUCUUACGGCCUCUCUGCUGAUCCUUCCGCUCAUCUUGCCCCCGCUGCAGCCGCCGCCUUUGCUCCUGCUGCUGGUCCCCAUCGGCAUAUUGGUGGUUCUCUUGGCGCUGGCUCUCAUGCCUUCCGAUAUCCGGAAUAUCGCCUCCCCGUACCUGUAA